CACACAAGGGGCAACAGAUAGGCCCAGAGCAAGGCGUGCACAAGCCACCCUCACUCACUUUGUGUCGAGGCCUAUCGACCCCAUGAGGCAAAGGGCAAUGGAUGAGGUGCUGGCAAAGAUGAUUGCACUUGAUUUGCAGCCUUUUUCCAUUGUUGAAGAUAAGGGGUUUCGGCAAUACACAAAGGAACUGAACCCCAACUAUGUUCUGCCAAGCCGCAAAACACUGUCAAAUUCAAUUAUCCCAGAGCUGUACAGGAGGACACAUGAAAAAGUUCAAGAAAGAGUGGAUAAAGCUGAAGCAGUGUGUCUCACCACAGACUGCUGGACAUCCAGGACAACAACUUCCUUCAUGUCUGUGACAUGUCAUUUCAUUUCUGACUUGAAAAAUGUGUCCGUCCUGCUAGAUUGUUUUGAAAUGAUCGACAGGCACACAGCUGACAAUCUGGCAGAGCAACUUUUGAGGGUUGCAAGGGAGUGGAACAUUGUGCAUAAAGUUGUUGCCUGUGUCUCUGACAAUGCUGCCAAUGUUGUGAAGGCCAUCCAGAACACAGGUUGGCCCCACCUAUUCUGCUUUGCCCAAUGCCCACACCCUGAACCUCAUUGUACAUAGUGGCAUUGCUGCUAUUAAACCUACAGUAGAUAAGGUCAAGGCAAUUGUGGAAUACAUGCACAAGAGCACAGUUGCCUCUGAAAAACUGAAGGCCACACAAAACCAGUUGGGGUUGCCAGAACUGCGUCUGAAACAGGAUUGCCCAACUCGUUGGAACUUAACAUAUUACAUGCUGGAGAGAAUACUGCAGAACAGAGAGGCUGUCAUCACAACACUGGCCUUAACAAAUCCUAGACUGGCCACCCUAUCUCCAGAAGAGUGGGAGGAGAUGCAACAGGCCUGCAAUGUUCUGAAGCCCUUUGAGGAGGUCACAGUUGAAAUAAGCGGUGAAGGGUAUGUGACAGCUUCAAAAGUCAUCCUUUUGGCAAGAGGUCUUCAAAAGAUUGCAUCAAGCCACCAACGAGCUGCUGGAAACCUCAGUGAACCAGUUAGGAAAUUGGUGGACAACAUCUGUUCCCAAAUGUCUCACCGGUUCCAUAAAAUAGAGUCCCAUGUUUUGCUCUCUGAGGCAGCAGCACUUGACCCGAGGUUCAAGAAGAAGGCCUUUCGGCAGGAUGAGGCAGCUGACAAUGUGUUUCAUCGCCUCUGCAAUUCUGCAGCAAGGAUGACAUUCCCCAACCAGCAGGCUGAGGAGAAGAAGAGGGAGCAGAAGCACAAGAGUAGAGGAGAGUGCAGUCUGGAAAGAGUUUGA